GCAACGCCCCCGGCAUUUAUCUUCUUCCCUUCUUCGCUUCUUCUCUGAGAAGCCAUGAAGUUUUUUCCUUUCAAAAGAAUCCUUUCAGUUCCUCUCUUUCUUCUCCUGCUUCUAAUCGCUCUUCUUCUCGUUUUCUCUUAUUCUUCUCCGAAUUGGGGGCAUGGGUGUUGGAAAGCUCCUUUCCGGCCGACGGAUUUCCUUCCGCUGCUUCCGAGGAUCGUCUCGUGGCCGAUCCUUCGGUCGCUUCGCAGCGCCGUAGACCUCCUCCCGACAUUCGUCGGCGCCGCCUCCUCCACCAACCACGACCUCGAGUGGAAGGGCGCCUGCUUCUAUGAGAACCAAGCCUGGCUGGAGUUCCACAACAAGAGCGGCACCCCGUUCGGCGGCGGUACUCUCCACAUCAAGACCAGCAAUGCACAUAGUUGGACAUGUAUGGAUCUUUACAUCUUUGCAACUCCAUUCCAAGUAACCUGGGAUUACUAUUUUUUGUCUCGAGAGCAUACUCUGGAUUUUGAUGAGUGGGAGGGAGAAGCUGAAUAUGAAUAUGUGAAAGAAAAUGGAGUAUCGAUCUUCCUUAUGCAAUCAGGGAUGAUUGGAACCCUUCGAGCUCUGUGGGAUGUUUUUCCUCUGUUUACAAAUACUGGAUGGGGUGAAAACUCGAACCUUGCUUUUCUAAAGAAUCAUAUGGGGGCAACAUUUGAGGAGCGUCCACAACCGUGGGUCUCAACUAUUAACCCCGAUGAUGUUCACUCUGGAGAUCUUUUAGUUUUAUCAAAAAUUCGGGGGCGCUGGGGUGGUUUUGAGACUUUAGAGAAAUGGGUGACUGGAGCUUAUGCUGGUCAUAGUGCAGUUUUCUUAAAGGAUUCUGAAGGAAAGCUUUUUGUUGGAGAGUCUGGCCAUGAAAAUGAGAAGGGAGAAGAUGUUAUUGUUGUUAUGCCAUGGGAGGAGUGGUGGGACUAUGAGCAAACCAAAGAUGAUGCAAAUCCCCAUAUUGCAUAUCUUCCCCUGCAUCCAGAUGUUCGAGCCAAAUUUAAUUCUACUGCAGCUUGGGAGUAUGCAGAAAGCAUGAUAGGAAAGCCUUACGGUUAUCACAAUAUGAUUUUCAGCUGGAUAGAUACUAUAAGUGGGAAUUACCCAUCACCCUUGGAUUCACAUCUGGUUGCUUCUGCUAUGACCAUGUGGAAUAAACUCCAGCCAGCAUAUGCUGCUAACUUGUGGAAUGAAGCCCUGAACAAACGACUUGGCACAGAGGGUCUUGAUCUGCCUGCAAUUAUGGUUGAAGCAGAGAAGCUUGGGAUUUCUUUUGACAAAUUGCUGACAGUUCCUGAACAUGAUAAUUGGGUCUACUCUGAUGGGAAGUCAGCCUCUUGUAUUGUUUUUAUUCUUGCAAUGUACAAGGACGCUGGGCUGUUUGAUCCAAUUGCCAGCAACAUACAAGUCACUGAGUUCACUAUAAAAGAUGCCUACACCCUCAACUUCUUUGAGAGCAACUCAAGCCGCCUGCCAGAGUGGUGCAACAAAGAUGACAACGUGAAGCUUCCUUUCUGUCAAAUUAUGGGCCGGUAUCGAAUGGAAUUGCCUGAAUUCAACACUAUACAGCCAUACCCUCACAUGAAUGAGAGAUGCCCAUCCCUACCACCAGACUAUGCCAGGUCCAGUUAUUGCUGAGAAACUGUUCUCGGUUUCACGAGUAUUUAGUUCCUAUAUGCUGCUGCUUUGUAUCAAUUCUUUCAAGCUACUGCCUUGUGUAAAUAAGUGGGUAGGAAGGGUACUAGUUCAUGUAAUUUGGUGCAAGGGUUGUAUACUAAAAGCCUAGCCGCUGGUGGGGGCUGUGGUGUGGAACUUCUGGUAGAGGAGCGGUGGAAUGACUGUUCAUAUGUAGUGUAGGUAAUAGCAAUAAUGCUAAUUCCUGGUUCUAAGACUGACAUGAGAAGUUUUCAUGGGGAUCCCUUGCCAAUUACAUGGUGGUCCUUCAUCUAGUUUAAAAAGUUUCCAUGCACCGAAUUUAUGUA